AUGGCCGCCAGAGUGGGCCUCAAGGAGUUGGUGAUGAUAGCGGUGACCAAGGAAACGCCCUUUGUGGCGCAGUCUGUUGCUUCUGGCUGGAGCGCGGCAAGCAGCUGCUCUGCAGCCCAAUCUUCUUCAGCUGCUUUGCUGCCCAAUAUUAGUGCGGCCCCUGGUUUCUCAGAAAUGUCAGCCUCCACUGGUUCCCAUAGGCCCAUCAAGGGGAUUCUGAAGAAUAAGGUAUCGUCAUUUUCUUCAGUGGAGGCUCCAGUUCAGCAAUACGGACAGAAUAAUGCCAAGGAAGUACACCGCAAGAAAUCCCAGAAGUGGGAUGAAGCCAGCAUCUUGGCAACAUUCAAUCCAUCUCACCAUGACUACAAUUUAAAGAAAGUGAACCAGCCAGUUAAUCCUCAUCUUCAGACACAAGAUGACGGGGAAGAUCUAAUCAAAGCAGAUGGAACAGAAGCCUUGACUCCGGACAUGUUAGCAGAAAAAGUAGCCGCCAUGGACACUUUUGGGACCUGCCAUCAGAAGAAAGACUCAGAAAACAACCAAGCAUAUUCCAACAAACACAUCUUGACCAAAGUAGAGAGACAGCGGCAGUUUGAGAUGAGAAGAAAACUUAACUGCAGUGAAGGAUUUAACAUCCAGUUAGCAAGACAACUGAUUUGGGAAGAGCUUCAGGCUGAAGCUGAGGAAGAUGAAAAACAACAACCUACUACUACUUUGUGA